AUGGCGAUCAGCGUCGCACCCAGUCAAUACUGGGAGGGGAACGAUGGUCCUUGGUCAACUUUCGCACUUCAGAUAGGCAGUCCACCGCAGACAGUCCGAGUCCUGCCAUCGACCUCACAAUCCUCAAUAUGGGUGGUCCUCCCAGAGGGCUGCGCUGCCGAAGGCGACCCAACCGAUUGCGCUGAUCGACGAGGACUUCUCUUUGCAACAAAUGGCUCGACAAGUUUCGACAGAGUCGGCGACGAAUACUUCGAGCUGCCAUACUACGAGCCGGAGCGCGACCUGGGCUAUACUGGGAACUCGCUUGUGGGCAGAGAUAUAGCAAUCCUGGGCUGGGAUGGCAGCACGGCGCCGUUACUGCAAGAUCAGAUAAUCACUGGCUUCGCAGCGAAACAGCCGUUUCUGGGAGUGCUGGGCCUGACCCCCAGGCCAGUGAAUAUAACUAGCUUCGUGGACCAACGUCCGAGUCCGCUGGGUACUUUGCUUGCCGAUGAGAAAGUGAAGAGCUCGUACUGGGCAUACUCCGCAGGAGCUAGAUAUAGACAACCGGAAACGCAUGCCAGCUUGACGUUUGGCGGAUAUGAUGCGCUGAGAGGGAACGUUAAGCAUGUUUUGACAGCGCCGACGGGUAUUGAGACAGGCCGUGACCUCCAGCUUGCGAUAAGAAGCAUCGCCAUCGACGAUGACGCCGGAAGGCACAGCGCGGCGGGCUUGCCGAUGUACACGAUCAUCGACUCGACCAUACCAGAAAUAUGGCUGCCGAUAGAUGCCUGUGCGGCGUUUGAGCAUGCUUUCGGUCUGACCUGGAACGAGACUGUGAGCAUGUACUUGGUGAACGACACCCAUCAUGACACGCUCACUGCCCAAAACGCCAGCAUUACUUUCACAGUGAGUGAUAGCACUGAUGCAUCGACAUCGUCGCUCAACAUCACGUUUCCAUAUGCUGCGUUCGACAUGGAAGCAUCAUUCCCACUCGCUGGUAUCACAGACAACAGCAGUUUGCGAUACUUCCCACUGAAGCAGGCGCAGAACGAGUCCCAGUAUGUGCUCGGGAGAACGUUCUUGCAAGAGGCAUAUCUCGCUGUGGACUACGACAAGUCGCAGUUCCAUCUCUCGAAAGCCACAUUUCCAAGCGAUGCCGCGACCACGGACAUCAUUGUGGCUGGUUCAGAGGAAGAGUCUGGUCUGAGUACUGGCGCAAUUGUGGGAGUCGUGAUCGGUGCAGUGGCGGCGGUGGCGUUCAUGAUAGCCUUUGGCUGGUGGUUCCGCAGACGCAGAAGAGCAGCGAAGCGCUGGUCUCAACCCACUGAGGACAAGGUGGAUGGCUACGAGCAUUUGCAGCAAGACGACGAGCAUUUGAGCCAGCUGCCGAGUCCAGAGCUUGAGGCCGGCAGUGUGGUGCAUACGAAGGCGCAUCCAUCGAGCCAAGAGCUUGAUGGCCAGAUCGCGAAUAGGCUGAAAGCUGAUCGCAGUGAUCUGAAGACCCAGGAGCUUGAUGGAGAGAUGAUGGUCCAUGAAGCACCAAGCGGCAAGCAAGAUACCGCUGAAGUCCAGGGUAGUCCGAUGGUGCAUGAAGCUCCAGUUCGGGAGCGUCCAGCAGAGCUUUGGACGCCUCCUUUGACAGAAGCGAAGAACACUUCCGAUCUGGCAGAGCUUCCAUAG